AUGGUCGACUAUUCAUAUGAGAAAUAUACAGACAAUCUUUUAAAUCGCGUCUUCAGCAAUAUACCAACAACAGCAGUAAAAACAGAGAGUGACGACGAAAGAGAAAAUAUACUACAAAAAAUUCAGCUGCAACAGGAGUCUUUGGAAAAGAAAUUGUCGGAACUGCUUGUGGCGAACAACAGCAACAACCAUGCGCAUAGUAAGAUUCAAAGGGUGCCAGUGAAAUCAAGGCCAACAGAGCAGGAAGACGAAGAUGAGGCGCAUCACCAGAAGAGGGGAAAAACGAAAGAUGAAAGUGCUGCCUCUCAGGCGGUGCUUGAGAAAGCGCAAGCAGAGCAAGCAGAGAUCAAUGAAUUACAGAAAAGAAAAAGUCUCUUUUCUCGUAGAAAAAAGAGUAUCAAAUCACCUUCCCCUGACGACAGCACAUCUUCAUCAUCUUUUUGGAAGCCAAGAGAGCAACGACCGAAAGGCUGGUGGAAAGGAAAUACAAAUAGAAACGACAUCCAUCAACAGCAGCAGCCGCAGCAAAGUGCUGUUAAUACAGCCGUAGCAAAUACAACUGCCAACAAAAGCAUGAAACCGUCCACUUCUAUUAAAAAAAGAUCGGUUGCUAAACCUAAGAGGCCCAUGGCCUUCAAAUCGCCACAACAACGACAAAAGAAGAAUCGCUCAAUAAAAAAGAAGCAGCAGCAACCAACUUCUUAUUACGCAAAUCAUGCGAAUAACGGUGGCGAUGGUGCUACUCGUCAUUAUGCUCUACCGUUUACCUCUCCCGUAUGUUAUCCACAAGCAUCGACUAUGAUGCCUUCACAACAACCCUUACAACAAUAUCCUUAUAUGAUGCCUAUCACAACCCCGUCACCAAACUAUUAUAUGAUGCCUCCUAAUAUGUUGAUGGGACAAACAUCACCACGUCACUAUCAAAGCAGCACAUUCACCCAGCAGCAGCAGCAGCAACAUAAUAACAAAAACACAACUAUCUAUAAUCCUCGGGAAUCCUCAAACGAUCGUUGCUUGAUUAUGUGA